AUGACUACUAGGAUGUAUGGGCUGAUGGGGAAGGUUGUAUCAGAGCAACAAGCUGCCUUUCUAAAAGCCAGAAUAUCAGUGUUGAUCAAUAGUGGACCUGUUGGCUUUUUUGAGAUAAGUAGAAGAUUGAGGCAAGGUGACCCAUUGUCACCCAUCCUCUUUGUCAUAGCUGAAGAUGCACUGCGUAGGAGCUUCAGUAAUAUGGUAGAGGAAAAUAAAAUUAUACCAAUAGUAAACAUCAGAGGAGUGCAUCCAACUCAUAUCUUAUUUGCUGAUGAUGUCUUUUUUGAAGCAAGGAAGCAACAGAUUGCUGUAGAAUAUCAGGUGAACCUUUCUCAGUUUCCAGAUAAAUAUUUGGGAGUAAUCCUACAUCCUGGAAGAGUGAAAACAAGCAUUAUUUGGGGAGUGGUGGAAAUGCUACAGUGGGAGGAAACUUGUGCACCACUGGAGGAGAGGGGACUUGGUAUAAGAAGGUUGAAAGUGAUUAACAAGGCAUUGUUGAUGAAAAUGGUGUGGAAAAUACAGACUUCUGAUGCAGAAUGGGCCAGGUUUAUGAGGGCAAAAUUCUACACUGUAAAUGGUGAAUGGAUUUCAGGGUACAAGAAAUCAUUUGUAUGGAAUGGUUUAAAGUGGGUUAUUGAUGAAGUGCGACAAAAUACAAUAUGGAUCACAGGCAAUGGUAACCAAAUCUCAGUAUGGAAGGAUGCUUGGGUCAAAGAAAAACCUCUUGAGGAACUGUAUCCAAAUGAUGAAUAUAUUUUUCAAAAGGCUAAUAUGAAGUUGGAUGACUUAAUUAUAGAUAGAGAAUGGCUAGUUCCUCAAAGAAUGCUCUUGUAUUUUCAGGUAAAUGAACUCCCCAUUAUUUCAAGGCAAGAUGAUAGAAGAAUUUGGUCUGGCACUAUGUCUGGUGAGUUUAUUGUAUCAUCAACAGUAGAAGUGAUAAUACUUCAUUACACUAAGGUUGAUUGGGCAAAGAAUGUAUGGCAUCCAGUUUUACAUCCUAUAACUACUAGUAAUGUUUGGAAACUGGUGAUGGGUGUAUGUGCAACUGAUGAGAAAAUGCAAGCUAAAGGACUAGGUAUAACAACAAACUUCAUUGCUGAAGUUAUGGCUAUUGUUGGAGCAGCAGAAUGGGCAUUGAUAAAUAAUAAAGAUUCACUUGCAAAGAAGGGUGCAGGUUUGGAGAGGGGGGUGAGUCAAGUUUUUACUAGCAGACCAAAUUUCUUGUCAGAAAUGGAAUCUUCUGACAAAGUAUACUAUAGGUUUUGCUAA